GAAAGAAAUAAAAGAAAUGUUUUGUUCAAAAACCAUUAAUAAAAUAGUAUAAAAAAACGUACAAAAAAAAAAAAAACCAAGUGAAGACAAAACGAAAACAGAACACAGUGAAGAGAAGAGGAAAGAGAGAGAGAGAGAGAGAGAGAGAGAAGAAGAAGAAGAUGAUGCUUUCUCGGAGACCCGUCUCGAGUCCGGGUCGGGUCGAGAAAUAUCCACCGCCUUUUAUGGGGUUUCUGAGGAGUAAGAGUAACGGCGGAAGUACAAGUAGAAGCCGAAGCAGAGGAAGGUCACGCGCGAGUCCUCUCUUCGUUCGCCGGAAUAAAUCAGCUGCGGCGGUUGCUCAAGAACCGUCGUCUCCUAAAGUUACUUGCAUGGGUCAAGUCCGAGUCAACCGAUCGAAGCCCAAAAUUAAACCCGAAUCUCGAGAUAACCCGACCCGACGACGAUGCAAGUGGAUGCAAAACGCGUCGUUUAACAAAUUCGCCGGGAAAAUCAAAACGCUGUCGUUUUGGCCUAACUGUAGAUUGUUUUCGUUUCUUUGUUCUCGUCCGGAAGUGAAGGAGAAAGAUUCUCCGAUAAGCCAAUUAGAUCGUCCGGCGACGGAACCAGUCCAAGAAAUUAAAGAUGAAAUCGUCGAAGUAGAAGAAAAGUUCGAAAACCCUAAAUUAUGUGUGUCUCCGGCUACAACGCCGCCGAUAGACGCGCUUUUGUUAACGAGAAGCAGAUCUGCACCGUAUAGAUCGUCGUCGUUGGCUUUUAGAUUCUGGGAAGAAAACAACCAACGAGCAGCUGAAUCACAGAGAUCGGAGAAAACUGAAUCGGAAAUUCCCACCGAGAAGAUCAAUAGUGUUUCCGAGUCGGAGAAUAUUGAUAGUGAUGAAGUAGAGAUAACGUUUAUACAGCGGCCGGUGUUGACAAGGAGCAAAUCGGAGCCGGCGAGGAUCGGGCGAGAAGAUGAUGGUGUUACUUCCGAAUGAAGAAGAAGGUUAGAGGGGUAGUAGGGUUUAGUUCUCUCUCUCCCUCACGUGAUUGACUUUAGUCAAUUUCACUAAUUUUAAUUAAUCGUCUUUAAUCGGAUUAAAAUUGACUGUGUUUAGAAGAUAUAGAGGAGAAACAAUUUGUAAUUGUAUAGUAAGAUUUGUAAUCCAUCCAUCCACACAUAUAUAACGUAAGGUGUGUGUAUGUCUCAGCAUUAAAAACAAAAAUGUUUGACAAUACAUUUUAUAAAA